AUGGAGGAAGUGAAAGUUGAAGGGGGUAAAGAUGCACGAAAAGAAGACGGGUGCAAGAAGAAAGGGAAUGUCGUUGAGCAGAAUGAUAAGAGAGAUAGUAAUAGUAAGAAUGAAGAAACGUUGAAAAGUGGAGGUGGAAGUAGUAGUAGCAGUGGAGGAGGAGGGAGUGGUUACUUAUUUAAUUUAUUAGAUCGUUUAAAUAAUUUAAAAAAAAUAAAGCCGAAGGUUACAGGGGAAGAUGAGGAAAAUGCAAAUAGUAAUGUAAGUCGUAAUGAUGACAAGAAAGGAGGUGUAGGUGAAGAAAUAAAAAAAAGUAAAAGUGAAAAUGAAAAUUCAAAAAUGGAAGCAAAAAAAGAGGAAAAAAAGGAAGCAAAAGUGGAAGCAAAAGUGGAAGUGAAAAAGAGUGAAGUUACAGAGAAAGAAGCCGGAAUAGACCUAGUUUGUGAAAAGGUAAAUGUAAGCAAAGUAGAAGUUAGCAAAAAAGAAGAGUUAACUGAGGAAAUGAAGGACAAAGACGAACGGGAUAGUAAACAUGGUAGUGAAUGGAGUAGUGAACACAAUAGUGAACAACGUGCAGAAGAGCUAAUUGGUGAAGAAUGUACUGCUGCUAGUAAUAAUAAUAGUGUGGUGGUGGAUGGUGUUAAUAGAAAAGAUGCACGAGAAUAUGAUGAAAAGGAGGUGAACCAGUCAAGUGAAUUGAAGAAAGAAAAUCAUCAUGCCAAUAGUGUAAGUACCAAUAAUAGUAGAAGCCGUAGUAGUAAUAGUCGUAGUAGCGGAAGCAGCAGUGGAAGUGGCAGUAAUAUUAGUAGCAGUAGUAGAAACGACGGUUGUGGCAAUAAUGAGCUCGAGGUAGAAAAAAUAUAUGUGCAUGAGUUAGAUCGAAUGGAAAAAUUAAUUAAAGAAAUAAGAAGGAAUGAGGAGCUAUAUGGUGAUGAAGCGAACAAUUUGUUCCUUUUAUAUAAUGAUCUAUACAGUUGUAUGUUAGAAAAUUUAGAACAUGUAAAUAUGACAAAUAAGGAUGUUAAGUUAUUAUUAAAAGAAGAAAUAGAGAAAUUAAAAGAAAAUAGUAAUUUAAUAUAUUCAUUUUUAAAAAAUGGCAAAAAUGAAAAGAAUAGCAUUCUGUUAAAUACGAAUGAUGCAUUGUUAAAUGAGAUAAAAAAUUCGUUUUUUGAUUUUUUAAAAAAAAAAUUAAAUGGUGAAUAUUAUGACGUAAAUUUUGAAGAUAACAUAGUAACAAAUCGAAAUGUUCAUAUGAUAUGUUUAAUUUUAUGUAGAAAGCAAGUAAUAAAUAUGUUGGAGGAGGUGUACAAGAGUAUUAUGUUUUAUGCAGUAGAUGAGCAGGAUGAUGAAGAAGGCAACGUCAGUAGUGGUAGUGCUAGUAGUAUCAAUAAAACUAGCAGCAGUAUGGUUGUAAAGAGAUUAAGAAAUAUGAAUAGUCUUAUGCUAUUCCUGAACACAGCCAAUGCCACGUACAGCUGUGACAAUGCUAAUGAAAAUAGAAGCGGCGGUAGCGGCAUGAAUAGCGGAAACAGCAGCAGCAGCAGGAGUCGUCAUUACAACCAUGUGAAUGUUAAGCGAGAAACUCAAGAUGAGGGAAUUGACAAUGAGGAGGAUGUGAACAUCAAUAAUGAUAACAACAAUGUUCAGCAGGAGGACGAGGAGCGUGUACAAUAUGGACGUAAAACAAAUUUAAGCACAAUGAGUAAUGGAAAUAAUAAAGGAAAUAAAAUAAACAAGUUAAAUUUAAAUAAAAAGGCAAUGACAAAUUAUGUUCGUAAAGAAAACAACGAAACGCAAAUUAGCUUGUCCACGUGCUUAACGGAAUCUUCAUCAUUGAUUGAUAAGAAAUUCAAGGAAAAACUAUGUAAAAAAAAAAUUAUUAAUAACUUGGAGCACUGUAGUGGGGGAGGCAUAAUCUUAGAGAAACCCCUGUCGAAAAAUGCGCUUUACGAGUGUGCAAAUGGGAAUAUCAGCGGUAAUGUUAGCGGUAAUGUAAGCGGUAAUGUAAGCGGUAAUGUUAGCGGUAAUGUUAGCGGUAAUACUGGCGGAAACGCUAGUAGUGGUGGGCAUGACGGUGCUAAUAGCCAUUUGACCAAUGGAAACAGCUCAAGUGGAAACCACCAUAAUAACAAUAACAACUCGACAAAUGAUUAUUUCAGUGAUAUGAUGGUUUAUAUUUCAUGGGUGCCGAAAAGUGCAAGAUGCCAGUACCCGUUAGAAUUACCAAAAAAUUCAGCUGAAAGAAAUAAGCUAGCAGAGUAUAUUGAAGCAAAGGAGCAAAUGUUGUAUAUAUUAAGAUUAAUGGGUUAUGAUGAAAUAGAUAAUAUUUAUUUCCACCCACCUAAAGGAUCACAUAUUAAAAUAAAGUUUCGAACAUUAGGUUGUAUGAAUAAAUUUUUAAAAGCAUACAAAAAUACUCCAGAUAAAUGGAAAGAAGAUAUGUUUAAUUUUUUUAAUAUUCCAUUGAGAAGUAGUAUAUCUGUGCGAGAUCUAAGAAUCGAAAGAGCUGUGCCUAGAUCCUCUGCUGCGGAAUUUAAAAAAAUAAAAAAAUUUAACAAAAAUUAUCAUGACCUGUUUCUGUUUAAGGAUAAUUAUAAUCUAUGUGAGGAUGUCAACAAUAACAACAGCAGCAGUAACAAUAACAAUAACAACAUUGGUAGUAGUAUUAGUAAUCAUAACAACGUUAGUAGUAGUGGUAACAACAGUGCGCUUGAAAAAAUGGAAAAAAUAAAUUUUCACUAUGAUACAUACAACAAACACAUUGUUAUGCAGAAUAAUAGAGCGGGAAUGAUGAAUAACAACAACAGUGGUGCUGGUGCUGGUGGUGGUCUGCCUACUAGUAGCAGUAGUGGUAUGAUGACGAUAAGGAAAAUGAACGAAAACAAAAAAAGUUUUCCAAGAAUUAUGAUGAAGGGGAGUAACAGUAUGAUACAUACUGAGUACGGAAACAACAAUAUGAUUAGUAGUAGUGGUUUGAUGAUGGGGGAGAUGAACAGCAUAGCUGGUGUAGGAGGAGGAGGUGUUGCAGUGGUAGGUGGAGGUAUUGAAAGUUGUAAUAGUAAUAGUAAUAGUAACAUGAUUCUGAACAUGGAUAGUCAUAACAAUAGUAGAAGUAGUAACAAUAUGAGCUGCCGGACGAAUCUUAUGAAUGGAGCUCUUGCAUUUACAGCAAACAAUAAUAGUACUACAACUGCUGGCACUACUAGUGCUACGACUACUACCACUGCCACACCAGUAUUGAUGUCAAAUGGUUUAUUAAGUAAGAAUAAUAGCGGUAAUAGCAGCAGCAUUAUGAAUACUAAUGGAAAUACUAGUAGUAAUAGUAAUAAUAAUAUAAAUAAUAUAAAUAAUAUAAAUAAUAGUAAUAUUAAUAAUAUUAAUAAUAUCGAUAACAUAAUGAAUGGAAAUUACAGUAAUGAUAGUAUAAAGAAUGCUGCCCAUAAUAUAAAGGAUAAUAAUAGUAGUAACACCACUAAUACCACCAAGGUGUUUUUAGGGCCCAAGAUUGGAAAUAAUAUUAGUAGUGGUUAUGUGGGAGGCAGCAUGAGUGCAAAUUUUGGCAGUGUAAGCGGUAACAUAGGUGGUAAUAUAGGAGGCGGAAGUAUGAGUGGAAGUGGAUAUCAUAAUAGUUCAAACGUACCAGGAGUUGUAUGUAUGAAUAAUAAAGGAGUAAAUAUGAACAAAUUAAAUUAUAAUAUUAAUCAUAGUUGUACAAUGUUUACUCCUAGAAAUUCUUCAAGGAAUGUUUAUGCUUUGAAGAAUAAUAAAAGUAGUGGUAUAAAUAAUAGAUGUGUUGGAGGAGGAGCAGGACCCCAUUUGGUGAACUCAAAUUUUUUAAAUACAAAUACUAUACAUACUAUGAAUAAAGAUUUUAUACAGAAUGGAACUUAUGGUUUUAAAAAGCCGACUCAUUAUGCUUCAUUUUCCAAUAAUGCCUGUACUAAUGUAAAUUCUUUGAAUGAUCAUAUUUUUUCCUUUAACAGUGGCAUAAAUAGAAGCAACCAUAAUGGUGUUAUUGGCAGUGCUAGUAGUGUUAGUGGUAUUAGAGACGUUAGUAGUAAUUUGAAUAGCACAAUGAACAAUGUAAGUGGAAGUAAUAAUGAAAGCAAUAAUGGUAGCAAUAAUAGCAGCAAUAAUAGUAGUAACAAUUCUACUAGAGGUACUCCAAAUAUGAGCGCAAGCAUAAAUCACUUUGGUAAUAGCCAUAAUAUAGACCCUACAAAUAGUAGUAAAGACAAAAGUACUUUAAGAAAUUUUAAAGGCUGUUACUUGGGUAGUAAUUCUGCAAACACUACUAGUGGUAAUAAUAGUGGUAAUAGUAGUAAUGCUAAUUGUAAUGUUAUUGGAAGUGGAAGUGCUAAUUCGAAUGCUAUUAAUUUUUCUGUAAAUAAUAAUGGAAAUGAUAGUUGUACUAGUAGCAGAAGCUGUAAUGGCUUUAACAACAGUGGUGGUAAUAGUUGUAGGAAUAAUACCAAUAAUGGAGGAAGUAGUAUGGUGAAUGAUGCAAGCAUUCAUGGUAUUGGGCUUAUGAAAGCACACAGCAAUAUUAGUAGUAUUAACAGCGUUAACAAUAUGAGCAAUAUGGCCAACAUGGGAAAUUUGAAUGGUAGUAGUAGUUGUAGUAGUAGUAUCAAUAUUAACAACAGCAGUGUUAGUAAGAAGUGUAGUGCAGAACUAAUGACCGAAAAAUAUACGCAGAAUGACGAACUGAAGGAUGAUUUAAAAAAUUUAAUAAAUAUCGAUUUUAUUAAUGACACAGAUAUGGACUAUGAGGAAGAGGAGGAGGAGGAGGAGAGUCCUCAGGUAAACAAAUCGCUUGUGAGAAAUGUAAGUCAUAUGCAUAGACCACCGAAUUCGAAAUCAUUCAACACGCUUAAUAGUUGUAUUAAUGAAGACUUAUUGAAAGGGGGAAAUAGAGAAGUGGAUGGUAAUAACUGUAACCGUGGUUAUAGUGAUGGUAGUAGCUCUAGCAGUAGUAGUAGCAAUAGGAAUAGGAAUAACCGUAGUUACAGCAGUAGCAAUAACAGUAGUAGGAGUAAUGGUGAUGUGAAGACAAGGGAAUAUGAAAAGAUGCACAUGAGCAAUGUGAAGAAAGAAUCAAAUUAUAUGAUGAUGAACAAGAGUGAAGGGGAGGAGGAACAACAGCAGGAAUGCAAGCCUCACCAUCAGCGGCACUCAAAGGAUGAAAUGAAUUUUAAUGAAAACGAGUUUGCCUAUUCCAGUGCAAAUAUAGUAAGUAAUACCAAUACUAAUAAUAGUAAUAGUAACAAAGUAGUGUUGGGGAGUGGAAGUGCUGAUGGUGCGGCAGUUGUUAUGUCGGAUGGGUAUAACAACUAUUUUGCCAAGGACGACAAGUCUAAUUUAUAUGAUAGUAAUAGCAUUGGUAAUGGCACUGGUAAUAUUAAGAAGAAUGGAAAAAACGUGUUUACCUAUUAUAACAGUGCAAUGGAACAAGCAACGGCAGUGCAAGGAGUUGAAAAUAGCAGUAGUGGUGGUGUACAUAAUAACGUUAAUAUUAACCAAGGAAACAACAAUAACAGUAGCAGUACUAGCAGCAGUAGUGGUAACAAUAUAUCGUUAAACAUGGAUGUUACGUCCAUUAACGACAGUUACAGUACAUUGAAACAUGUUAAUAAUAUUAACAGAAAUGGUAGUAAUGGUCGUAGUGGUAGUAGUAGUCAUAACAUCAAUAAUAAUGGCAAUCCAUCUACCAUAUAUAGAAACAGCGUGAAACCAAAAGCAUACAUGAAUGAACUAUCAUUGAAUAAUGCAUUUGGUAGUAGCACUGGAAAUAAAUAUGAUGAAAAUUUUUGUGAAAUAAAAAAAAAAGAGGAAAAGAUGGCGAGAGAAUCAGGAGGGGAAGAGUGUGGUAUGGAAUUGAAUAAUAACAAGGAGGACAAGAAUAAUAGUAAUAGCAGUAGUAAUGGUUAUAGUAGUAAUAGUAGCAACAAUAAAAGUUUUUUGAACUACCCUUUUCACACACCGCGUGUUGAGAAUAAUCAGAAUUUUUCAGAUAAAUAUGUUAACUUUUUUUAA